AUGUCCAGCUAAUAAUUAUAAAAUGAAGUUUUUGAUAAGCUCACUGCAAUUCCUGAAAACAGAUAAUGUUUCGAAUGCAGAAGCCCAUCUUUUUAAUGGGCAUCAGUAAAUAAUGGAAUAUUUUUAUGUUUAGCAUGCUCUGGAGUACAUAGGGGAUUCGGAGUAAAUGUUUCAUUCAUAAGAUCUAUAGAUAUGGAUCAUUUUACUCAAAAGUAACUAAAUUUAAUGCUUUAAGGAGGAAAUAAAAAGCUUUGGGACUUUUUCGAAAGCUAUAAUAUCCCAAAGGAUAGUCCUAUAGAUUUCAAAUAUAAAACCAAAGCAGGAAUUUAUUAUAGAGAAUUGUUAAAAAGUAUUGUAGAAGGCGAAUAAUCACCUGAUAAACCUUCAUUAGAAGAAGGAUUGGAAAUUAUUUCAUUUUAAAAUCCAAAUUUUUUGAAUGACAUGUCUUAAAACAAAGGAAUCACAUCUUAAAAUCAUUAAAGUAAUAAUAAUAAAAAUGAUGAUACUCUUGAUUAAGUAAAAAGCGUCUUAACAGGUGCUUUGACAAAAGUUACAGAAGUUGGAAAAACUGUUUAUGAAAAAACUGCUGAAAUUUCAAAAAAUGUUUAUUAAAAAGGAAAUGAAAAAUUAAAAGAUGAAUAAUUUUAAUAGGAUGUCAAUAAUUUUAAAGAAAAAAGUAAAGAAACAAUUAUAAAAAAUUACAAAACUAUUAAAUAAGGAUUUUUUUAAGUUUUGGGAUUUUUUUAAAAUUAAAUUGAUAAUUUAGAUUAAGGAAAACAAUAAAAUAAAAAUAAAUAAGAAUAAGAAUAAGAAUAGAAAGAAUUUGGAUAAUAAAAGGAAUAAUAAAAAUGGUAAUUAUAAUAAGAAUGGAUAUAAUAAGAUUAUAAAAAUUGAUUUUUAUUCAUUUUUUAAUAUUAAAUUUUAUAAAAAAUAUCAAUUAUUAUAUAUUAAAAUUCGUAAUAUGUUUAAUAAAUGUUAUAAUACUAAUGUUUUAAACAUUUUUAUUAAAAAUUU